AUGGGUAAAUCAAAAAUAAUAGAAAGAAAAGUUCAGGAAAGUGAAAUGUCUAGCCAGACAGGAGAUAAACGUCCAAUAAAAGAAAAAAAUCAGAUAUUAGAUAAACCAAAACAGACAGUUGUAACCUCUUUAUCGACGUCGCAAGAAGAAGAUAUAAGUAUUGUCCAUGAACUCAAAAGCACAACACAGGAAGAAGAAAUUUCAACUCAGUUAAAAGAUGAACCAGAAGAGACAGAUGAACCGUCUGUACUAUAUUCGUCAGAUAUAAGAAAAACGCCAAUUACCAGAGAUAAUUCCCCUGAUAGAGGAAAAGCUCCACUAGGAGUAUCAUCUGCUGGAAAGGAAAUUUCUGAACCUAAAAAAGCAUCAUCUUCAAGAGGAACAUCAAAGACAUCUGCUUCGAGAGAAAGAUCAACAACAAGGCGAUUACCUUCUGAGGAAAGAAGAUCAUUAUCUAAAAGCAAAUAUCCCAGCAAAAUAAUAUCACUUAAAAAGGGUGUAGUUCCAUCUCAAGUAAAAUCUACUGAAAGAGAAAAAUCAGAGUCAUUGCAGGAUAAGAUUGGUAGAUCAAAAAUAAUAGAAAGAAAAGUUCAGGAAAAUGAACUAUCUAGCCAGAAAGGAGACAAGCAUCUCGUCAAAGAAGAAAUUCAGAUAUUAGAUGAACCAAAAGAGACAGUUGCAGCCUCUUUAUCGACUUCCCAAGAAGAAGAUAUAAGUAUUGUACAUGAACUCAAAAGCACAACACAUGGAGAAGAAAUUUCAACUCAGUUAAAAGAUGAACCAGAAGAGGCAGAUGAACCGUCUGUACCAUAUUCGUCAGAUAUAAGAAAAACGUCACUUACCAGAGAUAAUUCCCCUGAUAGAGGAAAAUCUCCACCACGAGCAACAUCUGGUGCAAAGGAAAAAUCUGAACCUAGAACAGAAUCAGCUUCAAGAAGAAAAUCAAAGGCAUCUGCUUCGAGAGAAAGAUCAACAACAAGGCGAUUACCUUCUGAGGAAAGAAGAUCAUUAUCUAAAAGCAAAUUUCCCAGCAAAAUAAUAUCACUUAAAAAGGGUGUAGUUCCAUCUCAAGUAAAAUCUACUGAAAGAGGAAAAUCAGAGUCGUUGCAGGAUAAGAUGGCUAGAUCAAAAAUAAUGGAAAGAAAAGUUCAGGAAAAUGAACUAUCUAGCCAGACAGGAGACAAACAUUUCGUAAAAGAAGAAAAUCAGAUAUUAGAUAAACCAAAAGAGACAGUUGUAACCUCUUUAUCGACGUCGCAAGAAGAAGAUAUAACUAUUGUCCAUGAACUCAAAAGCACAACACAGGAAGAAGAAAUUUCAACUCAGUUAAAAGAUGAACCAGAAGAGGCAGAUGAACCGUCUGUACCAUAUUCGUCAGACAUAAGCAAAAUGUCACUUACCGGAGAUUUUUUCCAUGAUAGAGGAAAAUCUCCAACACAAGCAACGUCUGGUGCAAAGGAAAAAUCUGAACCUAGAACAGAAUCAGCUUCAAGAAGAAAAUCAAAGACAUCUGCUUCGAGAGAAAGAUCAACAACAAGGCGAUUACCUUCUGAGGAAAGAAGAUCAUUAUCUAAAAGCAAAUAUCCCAGCAAAAUAAUAUCACUUAAAAAGGGUGUAGUUCCAUCUCAAGUAAAAUCUACUGAAAGAGGAAUAUCAGAGUCGUUGCAGGAUAAGAUGGGUAAAUCAAAAAUAAUAGAAAGAAAAGUUCAGGAAAGUGAAAUGUCUAGCCAGACAGGAGAUAAACGUCCAAUAAAAGAAAAAAAUCAGAUAUUAGAUAAACCAAAACAGACAGUUGUAACCUCUUUAUCGACUUUGCAAGAAGAAGAUAUAAGUAUUGUCCAUGAACUCAAAAGCACAACACAGGAAGAAGAAAUUUCAACUCAGUUAAAAGAUGAACCAGAAGAGGCAGAUGAACCGUCUGUACUAUAUUCGUCAGAUAUAAGAAAAACGUCACUUACCAGAGAUAAUUCCCCUGAUAGAGGAAAAUCUCCACCACGAGCAACAUCUGGUGCAAAGGAAAAAUCUGAACCUAGAACAGAAUCAGCUUCAAGAAGAAAAUCAAAGGCAUCUGCUUCGAGAGAAAGAUCAACAACAAGGCGAUUACCUUCUGAGGAAAGAAGAUCAUUAUCUAAAAGCAAAUUUCCCAGCAAAAUAAUAUCACUUAAAAAGGGUGUAGUUCCAUCUCAAGUAAAAUCUACUGAAAGAGGAAAAUCAGAGUCGUUGCAGGAUAAGAUGGCUAGAUCAAAAAUAAUGGAAAGAAAAGUUCAGGAAAAUGAACUAUCUAGCCAGACAGGAGACAAACAUUUUGUAAAAGAAGAAAAUCAGAUAUUAGAUAAACCAAAAGAGACAGUUGUAACCUCUUUAUCGACGUCGCAAGAAGAAGAUAUAAGUAUUGUCCAUGAACUCAAAAGCACAACACAGGAAGAAGAAAUUUCAACUCAGUUAAAAGAUGAACCAGAAGAGGCAGAUGAACCGUCUGUACCAUAUUCGUCAGACAUAAGCAAAAUGUCACUUACCGGAGAUUUUUUCCAUGAUAGAGGAAAAUCUCCAACACAAGCAACGUCUG